CAGAGAGGCAGCAGAGAGAGAGACAGAGAGAGCUUGAGGAGCACAAGUCCACAUCUCUUGGAGACAAUCAGAAAAUGCAGAACAUUUCAUUACAUGGAUCCGGAUUUUAAAGGUAUGCAAAAGAUAUGAUGAAAUCAAAUCCAUGUUUUUUGUUUUUUGUUUAUGUUGCUUCCAUUGGUGAUUUGACAGAAGGGAAAACCUUAAUAGAUUCAUAGGCUAUAGCACCAUUAAGCAAGGUGAUCGCCUUCAAUUUAAAGCCUUAUUUCUCAAACAAGGCAGAGUCCAUCAGUUCCAUCAAGUGGAUUUUUUUUUUUUUUUCAUCACAAAAAUAUCAGGGCUAAUUGCUGCUUUCGCUAUCUUUCUUUCCUGGUUCGAUGCAGAUUAAGGAAUUAAGUAAAAAAUAAAGCUAAUAUAUGGUAAGGAAAAAUGGGAGCAUGCUCUGGUAAAGCUCAUAAUAUUAAAGCACUUUCUUGACAGAAUUAGGCUGGUUGCAUAAGCUGUGUUUUAGGCUAGCCUGGCUUGCAUUGAAAUAAAAUAGUUGUGUGUGCCGUGUUAUCUUGUGGAUGGAUACUGUAACAGGCUAUGGUUCUGAGACCAAGGUUCCAAAAUGGCAUUUCUUGUCAGUCCCUAUGCUGAAGGGUUACUUCGUGAAUUCUCUUUGUGACUGAUCGGUGGAAAAAGGGAUCUGUGCUCCAACGGCAGUUAAUGAUCCCCCACCAAACCCCCUCCUUAUCCUCUAAGCACCCGACCCAUCCUGUAGCUAUCUAACAAGAGAGACCCUCAGUUUCUGAGUCUGACACUUCCCAUUUGACAGACAUUAUCCAGCGGAGACCCAGGUGACUAGAAGGAAAGAGAUAGCUUAUUUCAUACCAUGGGGGGCUUUAAUAAAUAGCAUCAAACUCCCCCAUUCUGCAAUCAUAAACCAACCGAUAUCGUGCUAAACUUGGUUCCCUGUAAAGAUGUGUUUCCACAUCUCUCGUGGACGCGCACACAGGCUGUGUGAGGCUGAGUGAGGAGGGAGGGAGGCUGAGAGUGACUGCCUAAAGUCCUGAAAGAUCAAUAAAUAAUCCCUGCUUAUCUCCCCUGCACUUAAAAUCCUAUACCCUGUUCUCCUGCAAAAAAAAAAACAAAAACAGUCCAUUUAAUGUAUUUUACACUCAAUAAAAAGUAGUCUGAUAAUUAUAUGUGCUUAGAAAAAAAAAAACAUAAUAAGCACACAAAAUUAUCAGUCUGCUCUCUUUUACUAUUCUUUGAUCAUUAUCUGCAAGUUAAACAUUUAUUUCCCUCAUAUAUUUUUAUUAUGUAAUAUAUAUUCAUUAUUCCUUUCAGCUUUACAGAAAUCACCACCUUUUAUCAUCCCCAUGGGACUGAAUGGGUUGAUACAUGACUACUUCAAAUGACCUUUCUGAGACUGAAAGGGUUAAUAUAUGCAAACUUUCACUGAUGUGUGUCUUUAAACCAUUUUUUAAAUUCCACGGGACUUUCUACAUCUUAUCAUCCCCAUAGGAGUGAGGGGUUAAUAUAUGCACACUUCAAAUAAUCUCUCCCCCCCCCCUCUUCGAUUACUGAUGUGUGGUUACUUUAACUCUUUUAAUAUCACAUGAACUACCACAUUUUAUCAUCCCCAUUGGAGAAGAAGAGUUAAUAUAAGAUCACUUCCCAUAAUAGCCCUGGUCCAUACAACACUUUUGAUGACAUGUAUAUGUAUUAACUCUUUUUGCAUGUUUUUAGUGUUAUUAUAAUUCUUCUUAUUAUUAUUAAUAUUAUUAGCUGUUGGUGGAAAAAAAUAGCAAAAGAGAGCCGAGUGUUAGUCAUGGUUGCUUUUUUUUUAAUUUAGCUUUUUGUUUUAGCUUUUUUUUUUUUUUUACAGGAGAGAGUAUUAAGGAUUUUAGGUGCAGGGGAGAUAAACAGGGAUGUUUUAUUGACCUUUCAGCCACACUCAGCCUCCUUUCCCCCUCCCUCCGCUCACAGUCUCACACAGCCUCACACAGCCUGCAUGCACGUUCUCGAGAGAUGUGGUAACACAUCUUUACAGAGAACCAACCCGGUCAAACACUGGGGGUCCCCCCUUCUCCUUCCAUCCCUACUGCAGCUCAGACACAGGAGAACCUUAUUAGCCAGGACUUACCCAAGACCUUCCUAGCUAGUGAGCUCAGCAUCUCCUAACUCCUGGGUACCACUUUAUGUGGAGAAGUGCUACCUGUUUCUCCACGGAAGGGAUUGAGGAUCACAGCAGAAGAACAUUCUUCUCACAUUAUCCAGACAGAAGAGAGAACCCCCCCAUCACUCCUUUUUUUCCAAAAAGCCAGCUGGCAUGAUUCCUGCCUCGGGAACCCUCUCUAAACGCUCUAGCUCAUCAUCAGAAGUGGAGAUCUGAUUAAGAAGAGCACCCAGCAGGAUCAGGGACCAUGCUGCGGCAAAGCAUUGCGGUACUAAUCAGCACUAUCGCAAAGCUCAGACAUUUGCCAUUGAUAUUAUAGGUAUUCUACCAGUGACCCAUUGCUGUGUAUCUGUGUAAUGUCUGGGUGCCAUCUCCAUCCUCCUCCUCUACUGUGCCAUAGAUAGGGCCAGCGUGUACUAUGAGCAUGAUCCUGUGGGGAGAGAGAGGUUUGUGGUUUUUGUGUGGGAGAGAGAUAGAAAUGACUUCAUGGCUGUCACACAUAGCCUGUGAUCUCCAUUCCAUUUUAAAGUUUAUUCGAGUGUGCAGCUUCAAAGAAACCAGGGAUAAUGCAUAAAGAUGAUUAAAGAUGUAUUUUGUGGGGGAAGAAGGAGGGGGGGAGGUAGUCUUUUAUCUAAAUCGUGACCUUUUUAUAGAUUUGGACUGUUUUUCUGUAUAUGUGGAUUUGAAAUGGUAAUUGUACAACACAUUUAAAAUAUAUGCAUGUAAACCACUAUAUAUAUUUGUUUUAUUAUAUAUACAUAUAUAUAUAUAUAUAUAUAUAUAUAUAUAUAUAUAUAUAUAUAUAUAUAUACAGCCUUUCAUACUGACAGACAGUUAAAUGUACAAACGCAGACAAACAGAUUUGUGCUAUUAGAGUGAGAGCUAGAAUUAUGGAUCAUUAUUGGAGAAGGAUGGAUGGGAUGGAUAGCUAGCUGGAUGGGAGGGAUGGAUGGAUUGUAAAGGGUAGGUGGAUGGAUGGUUGAAUAAAUAAAUAAAUAAAUAAAUAAAUGGAUGGUUAGAUAAAAGAAUGCAUAGAUAAAUGGAUACAUUUACAGACAGAGAAUCUGUCUGGCUAGGCACUUUUCAUAGUAUGUGAAUACUAAUUCAUUAUUAUUAGAGUGCGAGUGAUUCUAUAUCUAUGGUGAAAGAGACAUAGCCUGUAGACACAGUCAGAUAGAGAUAUAAAUAAUCAAUAUAUAUAUAGACAGACUAAUAAGAUAGACAUAAGGAGAGACAUACAGGCAUACAUUGCCAUGCCUGCUCUAAUAAUCUGACAUUAAGUACUAAGACAGUGUCUUUCUGUUUGUUUAGACGAUUCCCCCCAGAAGCCUGAGAGCGUUUUGUCCCUGCCAGAAGAUGUUUGUGUGGCUCUUCCUGUUCCUCACCACCCCAAUCUCCUCCACCAACCCGGACUCUGAGCUCUCCCUAGAGAUCUGCAAUGUAUGCUCUUGCAUAUCGGUCGAAAAUGUGCUCUAUGUCAACUGUGAGAAGGUGGCAGUCUACAGACCAAAUCAGCUUAAACCCCCUCUUUCUAAUUUCUACCAUCUCAACUUUCAGAACAACCUGCUCAUCAUCCUUUAUCCCAACACCUUCCUCAACUUCACACAUGCAGUAUCACUGCAACUGGGCAACAAUAAACUGCAGAACAUCGAGGGAGGAGCAUUCCAGGGGCUCAGUGCAUUAAAACAGUUGCACUUGAACAACAAUGAAUUAAAGGUCCUGAGGGCUGACACAUUUCUGGGCAUUGAGAAUUUGGAGUAUCUCCAGGCUGACUACAAUUUAAUCAAGUAUAUUGAACGGGGAGCCUUCAAUAAACUUCACAAGCUUAAAGUUCUUAUUCUAAACGACAAUCUGAUUUCUUUUCUCCCUGACAAUAUAUUUAGGUUUGCCUCCCUAACCCAUUUGGACAUUAGAGGGAACAGGAUCCAGAAGAUGCCAUACAUAGGUGUUCUGGAGCACAUUGGGAGGGUGGUGGAACUUCAGUUGGAGGACAAUCCUUGGAAUUGUACAUGUGAUCUGUUGCCCCUGAAAGCUUGGUUGGAAAACAUGCCCUAUAACAUCUACAUUGGAGAAGCUAUAUGUGAGACGCCAAGUGAUUUGUAUGGUAGGUUAUUAAAGGAGACCAAUAAACAGGAAUUGUGCUCUAUGGGCAUUGGUAGUGAUUUUGAUGUGCGUAUUUUGCCCCCAUCCAUGGAAACAAUAUUCACUACUCCUGGGGGGAACACUGCACAAACAUCACAAGGCAGGUUGGUUACUAAGCCUCCUAAGACCACCAAUCCAUCCAAGAACUCUGGAAUAGUAUCUGGCAAAUUUGUCUCUAACCACACUCUGAGUCAGAUAGUGUCCUUUCAAACCAGGGUGCCUCCUCUAUCACCCUGCCCAUCGCCAUGUGUUUGUAAAACUCACCCUUCUGAUUUGGGAUUGAGUGUAAAUUGCCAGGAAAGAAACAUUGAGUCAAUGGCUGAACUUGUCCCUAAACCUGUCAAUGCAAAGAAAUUGCAUGUUAAUGGCAAUUUCAUCAAAAACGUAGCACAAUCGGAUUUUGCAGAAUUUGAUGGUCUGGAUUUACUCCAUUUAGGCAGUAAUCAACUGACUUCUAUUCAAGGAAACGUGUUCAAUAACCUGACAAAUUUAAGGAGGUUGUAUCUAAAUGGAAACCAACUGGAACGUCUAAGUCCUGAGAUAUUUGCUGGUUUGUACAACCUGCAGUAUCUUUACCUGGAAUACAAUGUCAUAAGGGAAAUUUUGGGAGGGACAUUUGAGUCCAUGCCAAACCUCCAACUGCUUUAUCUAAAUAACAAUCUUCUGAGAAGUUUGCCUGCUUAUAUUUUUUCUGGAGUGCCCCUGGCCAGGCUCAAUAUAAGGAAUAAUCAUUUCAUGUACUUGCCUGUAAGUGGAGUUCUUGACCAGCUCAGGUCUCUGACACAGAUUGAUCUUGAAGGAAACCCUUGGGACUGCACAUGUGAUCUGGUGGCUCUGAAGCUUUGGUUGGAGAAACUGACUGAAGGAAUUGUCAUGAAAGAGGUGAAAUGUGAAACACCUGUGCAGUUUGCAAAUAUUGAGCUGAGAUCCUUAAAAAAUGAAAUUCUCUGUCCCAAACUGAUUAACAAGCCACCCACCCAGUAUACAAGCCCUCUCCCAGCUGCCACCCUAACCACUCCACUGGGUCCUAUGAAAAGUCCACCAGGUGGACCUGUUCCGUUAUCUAUUUUGAUCCUCAGUAUUUUAGUAGUGCUAAUUUUGACAGUGUUUGUUGCAUUUUGUCUUCUUGUUUUUGUGUUGAGAAGAAAUAAAAAACCAUCAGUAAAGCAUGAAGGGAUUGGAAAUCAAGAGUGCAGCUCCAUGCAGCUACAGCUAAGGAAACAUGAUCAGAAAGCACUUAAGAUGGAUGGUAUAUCUGCAGAAACCUUUUUUCCACAGACUAUUGAGCAGAUGAGCAAAAGCCAUACAUGUGGCAUUAAAGAUUCUGAAGUAGGAUUCCCAUUUGUUGACCACCAGGGGGGGAAAGUAAAUAUAAGGAAUUUAACUGACAAGGAUAAAGAUUUACAUGCUGAUAGAAAGAGACUUAGCACAAUAGAUGAAUUGGAUGAAUUCUUUCCAGGAAGAGACUCAAAUUUAUUUAUUCAGAAUUUUUUAGAAAGUAAAAAAGAAUAUAAUAGCAUAGGAGUCAGUGGUUUCGAAAUACAUUAUCCAGAAAAGCUACAGGACAAAAAAUGCAAGAAAUCUUUAAUAGGUGGAAAUCACAGUAAAAUUGUAGUAGAACAGAGAAAAAGUGAAUAUUUUGAACUGAAAGCAAAGCUUCAAGGCACACCUGAUUAUUUACAAGUCCUUGAAGAGCAAACAGCAUUGAGCAAAAUGUAGGGCUUGCCAUGUAAACACCACUACAGACAAUUAUUAAAUGAUGUAAGUGCCUUUUGUAGACUUUUAACUUCCAAAUAUUAUCUAUAGGCAUAGAUUCAGGUGAUUUCAGGAGUGUCCAGUUGCUUAGGGGUGCACAUGUUGAAGACAUUCCCUUGUAGGGAUUACUUCUCAGAGCUGCUUCAUUCUGGAUUUCUCUAGGACUGCACCAGACACUAUUGCCAAAGGGAUACUUUAUAUUAUGACAAACAUAAUUCACCUCAACUGAAAGAGGCAUCUAUUAUCUACUGUAUAUUUUGUACCCAAAUGCAAAACUCCUGUCUCCAUGUGAUUGGUUAUUCAAAAAAAAAAAAAAAAUAAGAAAAAAAACAGUGAUUGUUUUUCCAUGUUCCUCUCAAAUGGAUAAAGCUGGUGAAAAACGAAGAUGAUUGUUUAGGUCGAAAAGAAUGUUUAAAGAUGAUCAGAGAUGGUCAAGUAAAAAGCAUGCAAAAGGACAUCAGCUCAUGUAAAUCGGUAACAUGUAUGACCUUUUAUCUAAAACCAAGAAUUAAUCAUGUCAAAAUGUGAAAAUUCAGUAUAACUUGCUUUACAAAUCUAUAAAUAAAUUCAGUCACUUGAAAUCAUACUUGGCUACACGUAAAAAAAAAUAGAUAAAUAUGUUUAUUUAACAGGAUACGUUUCAGCAAAAAUGUGAAUCAAAUUAAGCAAAGUUAAAAAAAUUAAAAUAAUAAAUCAAUCAUUUUCAUUAUUUGCAAUCAAACAGGUUGCAGGAACUUUCCAGGUAUGCUUGCUAUGUGAGCGGAUUCUAAAGUAUUUUUUUAAAUAGAAUUCAUAUAUAUGAAAUACUUUGUAUACUAAAUAGAAAUCUAUGUAAUCCUUAAUAUGUAUUUAAAUGCCUGACUUGUUUCUGUGAUCACAAUGCAUUAAUCUUUAAAGUUAAACAUUCAGAUAUACCAAACUGAUACAGGAAAUGAUGUGUACACUUGACUUGAUUUAAUGUGAUCAGGUAAAAUAAAGGUUGUCCAACUAUAGUCGUGUGAGUGGUAGAAUGCUAUGUUCUGAUUUCAAUUUAUUAUUCCCAGUUGUGUUUGUAAGAGAAAAUAUUGACUGUUUUUUUGUUUAUUGUGAUAGCUUAUUAUCAGGCAAUAGGAAUGAACAGAAAUGUAAAAAUUUCUGUAAUUGAACCCCAUCAUUAGGACAUAAAAUAUUAACCAGCUAGUCACCGUGUUAUAUCA